AUGACAAGUUCAAGAUUCUCGCGGUUGUUAAGAGUUCUACCAGAAUAUACACCGCUUGAACGGGAUGGAACAUUUGUGACUGGCACCGGAACACUUAAUUGGGUAGCUACUAAAAUCGCAUCCUUUAUUACCUAUCCUGUCCAUCAAACUACGAUAGUAGUUCUUUCUUUCAACUUUGGAAACGAGAGCUAUGGUCAAAUAGCAUUGCCUAACGUUGAUGAAGGCGGCAUGAUUCAUUACGAGCCUGUGUUGCUAACACUAAGGAAUUCUCUGUGCGUUUGUCAUGGAUACAAGAAUUCGGUGUGGGAUUUGUGGAUGAUGAAGGAGUAUGGAAAUGAAGAUUCUUGGACUAGAAUGUUGGUGAGCUCACAUGAUGAGGAGAUUAUUCAUCAUUAUGCUCUUGGUAAUAGUAUAAGACCAUUGCACAUGAUGGAAAAUGAUCUGCUUCUUGUUUUGGUAAGACCUCCUGCGUAUCGUAAAUAUUCACAAUUAGCUGUGUAUAAUCCUGCAAAUAAGGGUGAUCGUUUAGGAUAUCCUGUGAUCAACUACUACUCAAGUGAUGACAUGCCAAAGUAUAGCGGAUGCUUCUCUGUUUAUCGUGAAAGUUUGGUUUCUCCAUCACACUAUGGUCUUAAAACUGACCAUGUGUGA